ACAUGUCGAGGGGUUAUCUGUCGAUAUAUCUCACCACCUCCCACUAUAUUAAAGCUCCUCUGCCACCAGAAACCCUCACGAGCCCUUCUCUUACCUUCUCUUACAUUCAGGUCAGAAUUCUUCUUUUGGUCCGGCAGCUUAAGCUUCAGCCAUGAGUAAACUUCAGAGUGAUACUCUCCGAGAGGGUAUUUCUGUCAUCAUGAAUGCGUCCAAGGAAAAAAAACGUAACUUCACUGAGACUAUUGAACUUCAGAUUGGGCUGAAAAAUUAUGAUCCUCAGAAGGACAAACGUUUCAGUGGUUCUGUUAGGUUGCCACACAUCCCUCGUCCAAAGAUGAAGGUCUGCAUGCUUGGAGAUGCUCAGCAUGUUGAGGAGGCUGAAAAGAUUGGGUUGGACUAUAUGGAUGUUGAAGGGCUGAAGAAGCUAAACAAGAACAAAAAGUUGGUUAAGAAGUUGGCAAAGAAAUACCAUGCCUUUCUGGCUUCAGAAGCUGUUAUUAAGCAGAUUCCCCGUCUUUUGGGUCCUGGUCUCAAUAAGGCAGGAAAAUUUCCAACCCUUGUUAGCCACCAAGAAUCCCUCGAGUCUAAGGUUUCCGAGACAAAAGCAAUGAUCAAGUUCCAACUGAAGAAGGUUCUUUGUAUGGGAGUUGCUGUAGGGAAUGUAUCCAUGGAAGAGAAGCAGGUCUUUCAAAACGUCCAAUUGAGUGUUAACUUUCUUGUUUCGCUGUUGAAGAAAAAUUGGCAAAAUGUAAGGUGCUUGCAUUUGAAGACUACCAUGGGUAAGCCAUAUCGCAUCUAUUAAGUACUUUUGCGUAUUUUGGGAGUUUUGUAGGGAGAUGAGAGGUUAUUGGAGCCUGAUAUAUAAUUGGAAGUGUGUUUAUCUGAAUGGUCAAGUUUUGGUAUUGAUUGGCUGUUUUACGUUGUUUAAUGGUAAUCGUCAUGGUAAUCUUCGACUAAAUAUAUAAACUGUCGGAGUGGAAGCCUGGUUUUCAUAUUUUGGCGUGAGCAUAUAUAUAUGAAGAACAUUUUCUA